GGUCGCUAGCAGGCAAAACUUGUAAACACAUGUUUUGCUCAAUAUGACGCCUAAGUGAUAAGCAAAAACAUGUGGAAAACAAAUUAGUAAUUUUCUUUCUAUAAAUUAUAAAAUUAUUUGAAUAUUUUCAACAUUUUUCUAAAAUUUUUGAACACAUAUUUCGAUUACAAAUUAUAACAGAUUCGACACAACUUAUCAAGUAAAAAAUGGAUGAUAAACUUAUUGACACCAUUGAUGUAUCAUCAAAAUGCAUAAGCCAGACUCCACCAUCAGCCUAUUAUAUAUCAAACUUUAUAACAGACAAUGACGAAAAGGAAAUAAUAAAAUAUGUUAAUAAUGCACCUCAGCCAAAAUGGACUCAAUUAAGUCAUCGUAGAUUGCAAAAUUGGGGUGGUAUACCACAUCCCAAAGGUAUGAUUGCUGAAGAAAUACCACAAUGGCUACAAAAAUACAUGAAUAAAAUCAAAGAUUUAAAUAUUUUUAAAAAUAAUACACAACCAAAUCAUGUGCUCAUUAAUGAGUAUCUACCAAAUCAAGGAAUAAUGGGUCAUUCUGAUGGUCCUUUAUUUCAUCCAAUUGUGACGACAAUAACAUGUGGCUCACAUACACUCCUUGAAUUUACAAAACGUCUUGAUACCAAUGAUGAUAAAGAACGAAAUUUAAAGAGUGAAUUUUCAUUUUUACUUGAACCAAAAAGUUUGUUAAUACUUCAAGAUGAUUUGUAUCAUAAUUAUUUACACUCAAUUGAAGAAAGAGAUCAUGAUAUUAUUGAUACUGAUAAAAUAAAAAAUAUCAAUUUAUGCUCAAGACAGUAUAAUGAUGGUGAAAUUUUAAAUAGAGGCACCAGGUUGUCAUUGACAAUUAGACAUGUGCCAAAAACUAGUAAACUUAAACUUAAAUUUUAAAAUUUUUUUGUACAAUUUCGA